AUUCUAUAAGAACAAGAAACAUCUUAGCAAUGAAACUGACACUAUUUUUCGCGGUGUGCUUCUGUUUCCUAGCAGUUUCGCUGGCUGCUCCCAAACCGCAGUUUUUCUCUGGAAUCGUGUCGUUGUUCGGAAAUUUGUUUAACGCGUUCAUUACUACUUUCACGAACGUCCUGAGUAGCGUUCAGGUACAGGUUAACAGUACUAUAACGGCGAUAUCAGGUAUUUUUGCGAAUGUUAGCAAAAAUGCAGGAACCGUUUUGAAAACGGCUCUCAAAAACGCCAACACAACCCUGUUCAACGUUCAAACUACACUGGCGACUGUGGCUAAUACCACUCUGACCAAUAUUUCGACGGCUUUGCAAACGCAACUGCAUAACGCCGUUGUUAAUCUGCAAACAUUGGUUCAACAAUUGAAUGCUACCUUAAGUGCUGUUGCUAACAAUACAGCCGCGGCAAACAGUACCUUCGUAGCCAACUUGAACAACAUAACAGAAACGGUGGAUGCUGCAGUGAAAAACGUUUCGACUACUUUGGCUACCAUCAUCGGGAACACGGUGACAAACACGGGUAGCACAAUUGGUACAGUAAUUACGGAUGUUGGCAGUUUCUUUGGUAAUUUGUUUUCGUCUAUUUUCGGAUAAAAAUGGUUGUCGAAUAAAGUUCGUUGAUAAUUAA